AUGAAUAGUCUUCACCCUGUCUCAUCUAAUCCUCACAAUGACAACAGAGCUGCCAGGCACCUUCCUCUCCACAGCUCCACCUUCUCCUGGAGGAAUGUGGCUCUCUUGGUGCUUCUCUCCCUCUCUUUGGAGCAGACAUCUGCGUCGCCAGGCAAAAGAGUCAAACAGAAACCAGGAUUGUGCCCCAAAGAGAGGCUCACCUGUAGGAUUAAACUUCCAGACUUGUGCAGAGUGGAUUUCCACUGCCAUGAACACCUGAAGUGCUGCUCUUUUGCCUGUGGAAGGAAGUGCAUGGAUCCAUACCAAGAACCCUGCACACUACUCUUAGACCCAGGAGACUGUAAGAAUAAUGUCAGACACUGGUAUUUUGACUCUGAACAUCGUUUAUGCAAACCGUUUAUGUAUGGAGGCUGCCAUGGGAAUGCCAACAACUUCUUCAACAGGGACGACUGCAAUAAGGCUUGCUCAUUAAUGGUCAAGGAAGGACAGUGCCCACGCUUCCCUUUCAAGAACCGUAUGGAGUGUUCAGCUUCGUGUAAGAGUGACAUCGAUUGCCCCCAAACUGAAAAAUGUUGUGAAUCCAUGUGUGGCUUUGUUUGUGCCAUGGCCUGGACAGUCAAAGCAGGUUUCUGCCCACGCAAGCCCUCAGUGUGUACCAAGAUUGAUAAACCCAAGUGCCUGCAAGAUAAUGAUUGCCCAGUGUCAGAAAAGUGCUGUUCACGUUGUGGACUGAAGUGCCUGGAACCCCAAAAGUGA